AUGGCAAGAGUCACUGGGAUCAGCGACAAAAUGGCGAUCGAUGCUCUGAAGAGAACUCUCUGGUUCCGGUCGAAAUUCCGGCAAUGGUAUGUCCACCACGAGGGAGAAGACAUCCAGGGCGAGCACAACUACACUAUCAAUUCCGAACAAGGGAAGACCUCUGGAAACACCUGGUCCAGGAACCAGUAUAAGGAUAACUCCUACUGCGAGUUCCACCAGACCAAAGGUCAUUCCACUACGAACUGCAAAGUUCUCGGCGCAAGGCUAGCCGCAAAACACCUCGCUGGCGACCUCUCGAAGGUCACUAGCAUAAAAGACCUCAUCCUGGAUUCCGACCGCCCUCCCAGGACUGAUAAAGAGUCUACCGAGAGGGACGCACGCGCAAAUCAGUCUGGCGAAAAACGCGGAAGAAGGCAGGAUGACCUUGGAGACAAUAGAACCCGCCGGAGGAUAAACAUGAUCAUUGGGGAAUCGCAAUUCUACCGCGACUCUGUUUCGUCCAUCAAGGCCUACGGAAGAAAGGCGGAAAAAAGUUCUAACUGGACGACUCGGUCCGUGACCGACAACGCUCCAAACGAUACGAUUGUUUUCGAGGAGGAGGAAACCGUCGGACUCGAUAAACCUCACUGCGACCCGCUGGUCAUCUACUUGGUGAUUCGAGACCUCGAAGUGGGAAUAAUCCUCAUCGACACAGGCAGCACGGUCAACUUCAUUUUCCGCGACACUCUCCGGAGAAUGAACAUCGAACUCGGGGAAAUCAUCCCGGAACCAAAACCACUGACCGGUUUUUCGGGCACAACAUCAAUGAACCUCAGAUCGAUCAAACUUCCGGUCAUGGCAAAGGAAGUCACGAAAAUCGUUGACUUCGCUGUAGUCGAUAACCCAGCCAUAUAUAAUGUUAUCAUGGGAACCCCAUGGAUCAACGCAAUGAAGGCGGUACUGUCGACUUACCACCUUAACAUCAAGUUCUCGACACCAAACGGAACAGCAGUAAUCUGGGGAUGCCAGAAACAAUCUAGGCUCUGCUUUUUGGCCGAGCAUAAGCUACAACAAACUCGGAACACCUCCUGCGGUUAG